AUGUCGUCCUUUCUUGAGUCCUCAGUUCGAGCGUCAACAAGAGGGUUGCGAACAGCUAGAUAUUUCACUCGCGAUCAGCGACAGCGGAAUCUCCUCCUCGCACGCUCCUUCUCGUCUACGUUCCGCCGCAAUGAGAUCAAUAAAAUCGUCCCCUCCGCCGCAGAGGCAAUCAAGGAUAUGAAGUCCGACUCUGUUGUCUUGUGUGGCGGUUUCGGCCUGUGUGGUGUCCCUGACACUCUGAUCAAUGAAGUCGCAAAGACCCCCUCCAUCACCGGCCUGACAGCCGUAUCCAACAAUGCUGGCAUUCCAGGAGCCGGUCUCGGUCAACUACUUGAGUCUAGGCAAGUCAAUAAGAUGAUUGCCAGUUACGUCGGUGAAAAUAAAAUCCUCGAGCAAAUGUACCUGACUGGAGAGAUCCAGCUGGAGCUUACGCCUCAAGGCACCUUGGCCGAGAGAUGUGCUGCAGGUGGAAAGGGGAUCCCCGCUUUCUAUACACCCGCCGCCACUGGGACCGUGGUUCAGACUGGCGAGAUUCCUCUGCAACACAACCCAGACGGUAGCGUCAAGUCCUACGGCAAGCCUCGUGAUGUCAAGGUUUUCAAUGGCAAGAUUUAUGUAAUGGAAGAGGCUAUUCCGGGAGAUUACGCUUUCGUCAAGGCUUACAAGGCUGACAAGCUUGGUAACUGCCAAUUCAGACUUGCCGCCAACAACUUCAACGGUGCUAUGGGCCGUAACGCAAAGGUCACCAUCGUUGAAGCAGAGCACAUCGUCGAAGUUGGUGAGAUCGACCCCGUCGCCGUUCAUCUGCCCGGUAUCUAUGUCAGCAAGGUCAUUCAAUCGACGGCCGAGAAGAAGAUCGAGAAGUAUGUGAAUAAAAAGGAAGAAGGAUCGGUCAAAGAUAGCCUAGGCAAGGGUGACGCUGCAUCAAAACGCGAGCGAAUUGUCAAGCGAGCCGCCAAAGAGUUCCAGAAUGGCAUGUACGCAAACCUGGGAAUCGGCAUGCCCAUGCUAGCACCCUCCUUUGUCGACUCGUCGGUCGAAGUUCAACUCCAGUCCGAGAACGGCAUCCUCGGUCUUGGUCCCUACCCCGUAAAGGGCGAAGAGGAUCCUGACCUGAUCAACGCAGGCAAGGAAACAGUUACGCUGCUACCUGGCGCAUCUUGCUUUGGCUCCGAAGAAUCGUUCGGCAUGAUCCGAUCUGGUCGCAUCAACAUGAGUAUGCUGGGCGCCAUGCAAGUAUCAGCACGUGGUGAUCUUGCCAACUGGAUGUUGCCAGGUAAGGUCAAGGGCUUUGGUGGUGCCAUGGAUCUCGUCAGCAAUCCAGAGAAGACCAAGGUCGUGGCCUUGAUGGAACACACAGACAAGAAGGGAAACCCAAAGAUCCUGAAGCAGUGCGAAUUUCCAUUGACUGGCCGCGCCUGCGUGAGCAGAAUCAUUACCGAAAUAGCCGUUUUCGACGUCGAUUUCUCCGAGGGCCUGACACUCAUCGAAGUCGCCGAGGGCGUUACUGUGGACGAGGUCAAGAGCAAGACCGAAGCACCUUUCAAGGUUGCAGACGACCUGAAGACAUUUUAA